CUUUAAUAAACGCGCCUUCAGUCAAGGUGCCACUCUUAUUAUUUCAUUAACUCUUGUUUACUAAUACAUUCCAAAUGGCUUACCCACCAAAAGUUUCCGCCAUUGAACUCGAGGAGUUACGCAUUUCUGCCAUUGAUUGGGCUCUUGCUCAUGGACUUAUUGUUCGUCCCACUGUUUCAAACCAAAAUUUGUUUGCAAGUACCUCCGUAGUGAAUCACGCACCAUUUGCCCUAUAUCCUUCAAGUUUUCCCAGGGCAGAGUUUGAGAAGGCCAAGGGGCUUCAACAACCAUGGAAUACUUUGAUUCACAAAAUGAGCCAAGAUGAUUCUCUUAUAACUGAGGUUAUGGAAACUCUUUCAAAAGUUGAUGAAUUUAUGAGUCAGCUCUAUAAGGUGUAUUUGACUGUUAAAAAUGAAGGGUUUGCCCAGACUGCAUCACUCGGUAUACAUCGUUGCGACUAUCUGUUGCACUCUGACGACGGAAAUGAUAUCAGAAAUGCUCAUAUUCAGCAAGUCGAGUUCAACACAAUAUCAUCUAGCUUUGGUUCUUUGAGUACCCGUACUUGUGAGCUCCAUAGAUAUCUCUUGGGAUCUCUUGAUAGUUACGCAGGUGGGCAGAUAAAGUUGAACCAGCUUCCUGAAAAUAAUGCGAUCGAAGGAUUUGCUAAUGGCCUCGCAAGUGCAUGGGAGCAUUAUGGCAAGCCUGAUGCCUACAUUUUGAUGGUGACUCAGCCUGGAGAGAGAAAUGUGUUUGAUCAAAGAUGGAUUGAAUACAGUCUUGUAGAUAAACAUGGCAUCCAUCUCAUGAGACGUACUUUGGCUGAAAUUGAACAAAGAGCUAUUAUUAAUCCCACCACCAAGACAUUGACAAUGGAUGGUCACGAAAUUGCUGUUACUUACUUCCGUGCCGGUUAUGGCCCAGAGGAUUACCCUACUCAAAAGGAAUGGGAUGCCAGACUUAAAUUAGAACGCUCUUUAUCUAUCAAAUGUCCCACUGCAGCCUAUCAGAUUGUCGGUGGCAAGAAAGUACAACAAGUACUUACUGUUCCAGGUCGUCUGGAGCGUUAUGUAGACGUAUACACCGCAGAUCUUUUGCGCGAAUCAUUUGCCGGAUUAUAUCCUCUUGAUGCCUCUCCUGAAGGUAUUAACGCAUACAAGUCGGCUUUGGCGCAUCCAGACCGUUACGUGCUUAAGCCACAGAGAGAAGGAGGAGGACAUAACUUUUAUGGCCAGGAUGUUGUGAAUGAAUUGAAAAAAUUGAGCGUAGAAGAGCGCAAUGCAUAUAUUCUUAUGAGCCUUAUCAAGACCCCUCCUUCAAAGAAUCUGAUGGUGCGUGAAGGAGAGAUUAUUGAAGGCGAUGUAGCAAGUGAACUGGGAAUUUACGGUAUUUAUUUGAGUGAUGGUGACAAAGUUCUGGUGAAUGAGGUUGGCGGCCAUUUGCUGCGUACAAAAGGGCACAGUACCAACGAGGGUGGUGUUGCAGCAGGAUUUGCCGUUAUUGAUAGCCCUCUGUUAGUGUAAUAACCUUCUAAUCAUACACACACACAUAUACACAUACACAUAUAUAUAUAUAUACAUACAUAUUUAUUUAUCAGUUAAUUAUAAACUUAUAUCUGAACAAACUUACAGAAAAUGAUUGUUCAGUUUGUCUUGCUCGAUUUAU